GAGCCACCCUUUUCCCACAAAGGCAGAUGGGUGGGGCUGCUAGUCCAAAAUCACUUACUACAAGGAAGUAUGAGACUGUGCUGACACACCAAAACCCCUCUUGCAGGGUCUGCCUGACCAGGAAGAAGGCCACGUGUGACUUCCGAGUGAAGUGGUCAGAGCUAAUUUUCCAGGACCAGAAGAAAAAAGAGAUGGAACUUCCUCAAACUGGCCAAAGUGCCCCUGAAAAGCUGGUCCCUCUCGCCAGCACCUGCUCCUCAGGGGUCAGCAUCACCAGCACAGACCUGCAGAGCAGUCCCAGUGAAAUCCAGGAUUUCAAAGGAGGGUUUGCUGUUGGCCGCCACACUCCUCCUUCAGCGGUUUACCAUGUGACCAUUUUCAACAGCUUUCUGAGGCCAGAGUCUAUGACAAAGCAGGAGAAGAAGAUGAGGAAGAAGACCAUGGUGGCCAUGAGUAAGGUGCAUCAGGAAAUGGAAGCAGUUAAGAGCCAUCGGUCAGUACUGAUAAGGGACAUCAGGGAAACGCAGACGGCCCUAUCUCUGGAGGAAGAAGAACACAAGCCCCUCCUGGAGUACCUGAAGCAGAAGAAGGAAGAGAGUGAUAGGAAGUAUGACUCCCUCUGGAAAGACUACUCCCAGCAGUGUCAGGAGAUAGAAGUCAAAAGGCAAGAGCUGCUCAACACCUUCUCCUCACGCACAGCCAACCUCGAGAAUCAGCUACUGAAGGACAGGAUGCUGGAUGCCACUGUGAGGAAGAAGCUGAAGGCCCUGAGGCCUGUUGUACAACUAAAGCAGAGCCAGAACAAAAAGAUCCAGGACUUAAAGAAGGAGAAAGCCAGCAUAUUAGCUAACACUCCCUUCAUGGAUCGAGAGAGACACUUUCAGUUCCUGAAGGAUAGGGCCGCCUUGGAGAAGCAAAUGGAGGAGCUGAACCUGCUGGAGUCGGGUGAGAACCUCACCACGAAGCUAAAGAAAAAGGCCAAGGCCUUGGAGACUACGGCCAAUCAUGUUUACAGGGACUUCUGCAAGGGUAUGCAUGCUGAGAGUAAGCAGCUGCAGACACAGCUCCAUCAGCUGAAUCAGGAUUUCUCUGAGCUAGAGGCCAGAAGGCAAAAGCUAGAACAGCAAAAGCAACAGUGGAAAGAGCAGUACUGGUACUUGGAGGCCCUGGCCAGAGGGAGGCAGCGCUUGCAGCAGCGGGAGCACCACACCCCUAAACCACAGGCUGCUCCUCAGCCAAUACAGAGCCGUCUACUGGGUGCCAGGCCGAAAACCAAUCCAAAGUAAUGGCUGCCAUGUCCAGGAAGCAGACUGGAGCUGAAGUUGGGAGCACUACACAAAGAAUAAAGAUGCUUUCAGACAAUGCAAGGACAGAAGUGCCAAGGGAAUGGAGGGCUGAUCUUCUCAGAGGGGCAGAGGGGGCCUGGCCUAGACUGUCUCUCAGGCAUGGCCCCCACACAGCAGCCUGAAGGACUACCCUAACUGCAAGUUUCACAGCUUUCGGGAAGCUUUGCUCUUUAGACUCUAUACCUUCAUGUUCCCUGUUGCAGUGUAGACUCUGGUGCUCAAUUCCUGCUCUACUGUGGACUUGUUGACAACAGGGUGCACUUUGUAACUCCUUCCACACAGUCACCCCAUCUCACAGUAGUAGCUUCUGAGACUUAGGAGGGUGCAUGCUGUUAUUUGGGGAAUUGCCUUCUUUGCAUUUGUGC